AUCCAUCAUUCCCGCAUAAGAUGGCUUUUGAGUUCAUAGCUACUUUUGCCUCGUCUGUUUGGUGGGAGAUGAACAUUCGUAAGGAGAGGUUUGAGCAAGAAUGGGAUUUGGCAGUUGUUAAUGCUUUGACUGCAUCAUGUUGCAACCUUGUGGUUCUGGGGCUUCUGGCACCAUGCCGCUCAUAUGGGAGUACAUCCCGAUUUGACAUCCAAAAUGCAAUUGAGAAACUUCCUAACAACAUAUUUGAGAAGAGUUAUCCUCUGAGAGAGUUUGAUCUACAUAAAAGAAUUAAUGCAUUCCUUUACAAAGCUGCCGAGCUUAGCCUGGUUGGGGUCAUUGCUGGAUCUGUUCAGAGUGGUCUGUCGAAAGCCCUGUCUGCAAGGAAGGAGGGCAGAUUAUCAGUGGCCCUUCCUUCUGUCAGUACCAAUGCCCUUGGUUACGGAGCUUUUCUAGGACUAUAUGCAAACUUGCGAUAUCAAUUAUUGUGUGGUCUAGAUCAAUAUGCGGUCAAGCGUUUUGAUGUUCUUGGUGUGGCGAUCUUCUUUGGUACAGCACUAAGAUUGAUGAAUAUUCAGAUAGGUGAAUCGGCGAGGCGCAUAUGGCUUGGAGAGGAAGCUGAUCCACAAUAUUCUGAUCGAUUACUGAGGUCAUACACCAGUCCAGUGCAGGUUACCACUGAUGCGGAUCAACAAGAGUCAAGGUGGUUUAUAUCCAAGGAUGCAGUUGUGUCUGGCCUUGGUCUUCUUGGUAUCAAGCAGGGUGGACCUGAGCCACAGCUGUCCAAGCCCCGGCGAAAGAGAGUUGUCCGGAAAAAGGUUACCUCUGGUUGAAAGUAGUGGACCUGCUUGUGCUGGAACAAUUUUGCCUUAGUUCCACUGUGCUCUACCGAGUCAUACCAAAUGUGAGUAAUGUGGAAAGCUAUCACUGCGAAUCGGCGGGCAGUUUAUCUGCAAAGCCAUCAAAGGGGUAGUUGAGAGACUUGUGUCCUUUGCCAUUUUGUAUCUUUCUUGAUUUCUGAAAAUAAUUGAAAUCUGAAUUUCUUGCACUGCCCUAAGCCAAAACAGGCAUGUUUAGUGCUAGGCUUGAACUGAUAAAGACAUUGUCCAUAAGGAUGACAAUUUUACCCAUGUGUGCGGGUACAAUCGUACCUGCACGGAUAAGGUAUGGGCACACUUUUA